CUUUUGCCCACCUUUCACUGUGAGCUAUAGUUUCUUGUGCGAAUCCACACCGAACUAGCUGUCCGUGGUAAAGCUAAUUUAGGGGGCCUGGAUAAGCAAGAAUCGCAUAUGGCGGACUACGAACGUCGAAACUCUGGCCCUAGAGGCGGCGGACGAAAGAGGCGUUACAGAGAUGAAGACGAUUCUGACCGACGUCUCCAGAGGCGUAGAUACGAGGAGCCUCUUGUCGUUAAGGUCCGAAGACAGCUGCUGAGGAUUGCGGAGUCGGCUGCUAGGAGGGCAGAAGAUGAUAUUUCAAGUAUUGCGGAAACGGUAGCCGAGAACUACGAGGAUGAGGAAAUGAGGAAUACAUUCGUUCGCCUUGUUAUUGACCUUGUCUUAGAACAACCUUUGAAAAUCCCAUUCAUUGCGGCCAUAAUUCUCGUUGUCAACAGCCGGAAAUUAGAACUAGUGACGGAUGUCCUAAGGCAGACUGGCGAGUCUGUGCAGAAUUAUAUUAAUACUGGUUCCUGGCGCGAGGUUAAACUCCUUCUGCGCUUCCUGGGUUGCCUCCAGAAUCUCUUCGAGGGCGAGGGUAUUUUUCCAAUUCUGGAAGAGCUGUUUGCGCGCGCCGUUGAUCUUCAAACUGCUUCCUCGGAAGACUUAUUAGGGCUUGAGCUUGUGAAGGCCAUUCUUUUUACCAUUCCGUAUGUGAUGGCCUCUUCCGCGACUGGCUUUGAAUCUCAGGCAUCUGCUCUUCUAGAGAAGACAGAUAUCAUUGCGUCCACUCCUCACUCUCUUGUGGAUUUGGUGGAUCCCUUUGGCCCUGAGGAUGGCAAACCGUCAUCGGUUCAAACUAUCAUCGGUUUGCUUCAGAAACAGCUUCAGGGAGAAUCCAGUAGAGCUUGGGAGCUUUCGUGCAUUCCUCGUCCGUGGAAAAGAGUGCAGGAUCCGGAAUCGGAGGAAUACAGCCCCCAAGAGACAGGGCCGAAGCACCCGUUCCCGCAAAUAACUGUUCCUAACCCUGUGAUAAAUGGCCCAAGGGCCAUUUUCCCGGAGGUUUACUUCUCAGUAUACUCAUACCAGGAUGUGGAGACCGUCCCACCGACAUCAGAUAUUGCAUCCUCUCUGCUGAGAGAUGCCCUUGUUGACACGAUUAACAUCAUGGAUGUGAAUCGUAUCGCAACGGCCAAAUUUCUUAUUGAUGUCGACUGCUACUUUUCGCCGGACACUUUUGUGAAGCGCGCUACGCCUUUUGACAAGUUGCGUGACCUCGCUGGUGAUCGUUGUACGUGGAAGCCUGAAGAUGUUGCGGUAGAUGCUGUGUAUUCCCAAUUAUUCCAGCUCCCAACCCCAGAACACAAACUGGUCUACUACCACUCGGUACUCACGGAGUGCUGCAAGAUUGCACCAGCUGCUAUUGCACCAAGUUUAGGGCGUGCGAUUCGCUUUUUGUACCGCAAUCUGGAAAGGCUUGAUUUGGACUUGAGUUUUCGUUUCCUCGAUUGGUUCGCUCAUCAUCUUAGCAACUUUGGCUUCACAUGGAAAUGGAGCGAAUGGAUUGAUGAUAUCGAACUUCCUGCAGUUCAUCCAAGGAUGGCUUUCAUUACGGGUGCUAUCGACAAGGAAAUUCGACUCAGCUUUGCGCAACGCAUCAAAGGAACCCUUCCGGAUCCCUACCAGCCCUUGAUAUCUGAAGGAAAGGAAAAGGAUACACCCGAUUUCAAAUAUUCAUUAGAAACGACGCCGUACGCCAAGGAAGGGAGUGAAAUUAUGCAGCUCAUCCGCAGAAAGGCGGCUAACGACGAAAUCCAGCCAUUGAUUGUGGCGAUCGAGGAGCAAGCUAAGAGUUUGGGAGUGGAGGACCCCAUGCUCCCUUCAACCGACGCCUUUGUCACUUCUAUAUGUUUCGUUGGGUCAAAAUCACUCUCCCACGUACUUUCAUGCAUUGAACGAAACAAGGAGCGAUUAUUGUCAAUUGGGCCCCAAUCGCCACGCGCUCGUCGCCAGAUCAUUACCUCAGUCAUGGAAUACUGGGCUGAUCAACCGGGCAUCGCAAUCAACAUAAUUGACAAACUGCUGAACUAUACAAUUUUGACACCACUCUCAGUCAUUGAAUGGGCGCUAGUGGACAACCUGGCCGCAGGAACGAUUCUUGCCAAGACGCACAUUUACGAGAUGAUCUCCGCUACUGUUGGGAAAGUAACAAACCGUCUGAGGCAGAUAGUCAUCGCGCGUACCCAGCCGGCAUUGUAUGAGCCGCAACUAAGUAUUCUGGACGAGACCUUGACACGUGAGAUGAGUGAUAUGCAAGCUCUCUUCCGGUUAAUUGAGGAUUCAGUCGUCUCUAUUGCUAGUGGCAACAACGACCAGCUGAUGGAGAGAGGCGACGGGAGCGGAAACCUUCCCGAGGAUGAGAUCAUCCGUGAAUGGGGCCGUAGAUGGCUACGAGUUUUCAGGAGGAAAGCUGCCGUCGAGGAGUCUUUUAUAUCUGAACUCAUGGCCCAUGCAAGACCAGUUGGUACAAUCGCGCCUACACCACCUAUCCCGGACGUGCAGAACAGCGACGUCACAAUCGCUGCUGCAGCUGUAGCAGAUGGCGACUUGGAUGUCGCUGAUGCAGAUGGUGUCGCUGAUAUCUCUUAAAAUCGCCCUAAUUAACUACCUUCACUACCUUGACUGGUUAUUGAUAGUCUUCGUGUCCUGCCGCUUGUCCUGCCGCUCAGUUAGGCAUAUGUCCACACUCUGUGCCGAUGUGUUUUGUGUUUCUACUUAACUCACUCAUCCGUCUAUGUAUUCGGGAAGAUUAUAUUUCUUUUUUACAUUCCAGAUC